CGUUCUUCUCUUUCCCUCCCUGACUUCCUGAAACCCCUUUUCUCUUCCUGCUUCUCCCAGAAGGGCUCUCACUUGCGGGCUCUCAUUUUGCCAAGAACUCUUGCCCUAUUAGCAUUUUUCAGCUACUCUCCUAUCCUGCCCAGCUGAGCAGAGUGUUUGGAGGGAUUAUCUAGAGUCUUGCGUUAACUGUGACGCCACCAUGACUGGGCUCAGAAUCCUGUGCGCCUUGCUGCUCACUUCUCACCUGGCCGAUGGGAAAAGAAUCAAAGGAAACAGAGCAGAAGAUCCUGAGCAGCAUCCUGACCUGAGAAUGAAGAGGCCCCAUACACCCAGCGCAGUCUUCAGGCUGUACACCGAGGGAGAUUCCAUGGACAACACCUGCACUUUGGAGUCCUUCCGUCCUCACACUCUGACCUCCUGCGGCUUCAACAGCAGUCUUCCUCUCAUCAUCAUCACACACGGCUGGUCGGUCGAUGGUAUGAUGGAGAGCUGGGUUCCCAAGCUGGCCACAGCUCUGAAGACCAGCCUGAGAGACGCCAAUGUGGUCAUUACUGACUGGCUGUCUCUGGCCCAUCAGCACUACCCCACAGCAGCACAGAACACACGGGCUGUGGGCCUGGACAUAGCCCAUCUGCUGCACUGGCUGGAGGAGUACUACCAGUUUCCUGCAAAGAAGGUUCAUCUGAUUGGCUACAGCCUUGGUGCUCACAUCUCAGGAUUUGCAGGAAGCUACCUGGGAGGGGCAGGAAAACUAGGACGAAUCACUGGGCUGGACCCAGCAGGGCCUCUGUUUGAGGGCAUGUCCUCCACGGACAGACUCUCCCCUGAUGAUGCCCACUUUGUGGAUGCCAUUCACACCUUCACCCAGGAGCGCAUGGGUCUGAGUGUGGGCAUCAAGCAGCCUGUGGCACACUACGACUUCUACCCCAACGGGGGCGAAUUCCAACCAGGAUGCCACCUUAAGAACCUAUACGACCACAUCACUCAAUAUGGACUCAUGGGUUUUGAGCAGUCAGUGAAAUGCGCACACGAGCGUUCAGUCCACCUGUUUAUCGACUCCCUGUUGAACAAAGAUAAGCAGAGCAUGGCCUACAGGUGCAGUGAUGACAAUGCCUUUGGAAAGGGCAUUUGCCUAGACUGUCGCAAGAACCGCUGCAACAAACUUGGCUACGACAUCAAGAGGGUCCGCACAGGCACCAGCAAGAAGUUUUAUCUGAAGACUCGCUCUCAGAUGCCUUACAAACUUUACCAUUACCAAUUCAGGAUUCAAUUUGUCAACCAGAUAGAGAGGAUCGAGCCCUCUCUCACCAUCUCCCUUACUGGGACUAAAGAGGAGAGCGAAGACCAGCCUAUCAGUUUAUUAGAGGAGAUCUCAGGGAAUAAGACCUACACCUUCUUGAUCACUCUGGACCAGGGAAUUGGUGAUCUGAUGAUGCUGAAGUUCCGCUGGGAUGGGACUGCUGUCUGGAAGAAUGUGUGGAACAAGAUGCAGACCAUCAUGCCCUGGGGGGGCGGGGGGAAGGGCCCCCAGCUCACCGUGGGCAGAAUCAGCGUCAAGGACGGAGAGACACAGGAGAGGACAAACUUUUGUGCCAAGACAAACGAUGGGCAGCAUGUUCAACCCUCACAAGAAGAAGUUUUCGUCCGUUGCAAAGAAGAUCAUCAAAAACAGCGUAGAAAAAAGAAGUUAAUCCAUGCCUAGACUUGACGCUCCCUGUUUAAAUGAGGACAAAUAACGUAAUAAUGUACUACUUGGAAACUGAUGAAGGUUCAAUUUGAGUCUUUACCUGGCCGAUUGGUAUUCUUCUGUUCAUUGCUGUUUUGGUUUGUAUAAUUGUCAUUUACCAUUUUUCAACUAAAUACCGUAUUCACCUUCAUUUAUGUACAAUAUUUGAGAAAUAUUGGCAAUAAAUUCAAGAUUUACCUAUUUAUUGGAAUUUUGAAGCAGCAUUGUCGUUAACUGCACCAGUGAACAGAGUAACGGGAAGGUUGGGCACUUAUGAACUAUUAUGAAGUUUUUAGUCAAAAUGACAGUAACAGAGGAAAUGUGAAUUAUUGUGGCAAAAACUGAUAUGAAGAAAAAUGAACAGUCAUUCUCAAUAUUGCAAAAAAAGGAAGUGAUUAUUUGGUAAGCACCAAGAAUGAUCUUUCAUUUCCAUGUACCAAGUUAUAAGGACCUUGGUGGCUUUGGAAUUCGACUAUCCAAAACAAUUAGAAAUCGCGAUUCCGGUAUGCAUUUUUAAUCAAGUCUAUUUUUAUUAAUGCAUUUCAUGUAAUUAAAAAAGAACAACAACUUUGGACAAUACCUUUAGCAUUUUUUGUAAAAAAAAAAAAAGAAAAAAAAAGGCCUAAUUUAGCUGAAACUGAAAAAUAACUAAAACAACAAAUGAAAAUCAAAUGGAGUAUACUGUAUAAAACACAGUGGACAUUAAAUCAGACAGUAGUAUUUUACUUUUUUCAUUUUAUAAUCACUCGUAACAUUUCAGUGUAUGAGAAAGAACAAAUCUAGUUAAGAGAAUUUCCCCUAUACACCUCAUACCCAAACCAUACCACAGAAACUAAAAGAAAAGAAUCAGAGAAGAAUCAUUCAUGAGGAUCAAGCUCAAAUGAGCAUCACUUAUGCUGAAGAUGAUGACAUUCCUUAUCACCCAGAGACAGAAACCCAUUCCCACCAAACAGAAAGAACAAAGAAAAUACAAUUUGGAAUCCAAGGACGAUUUUGCCUUUGUCUGACAAGCUUUCUUAAAGAUAUUGAACAUUGAUCCAUGGCAUGGACCCCCUGUCAUCAUGACAGUGUAUCUCACUCUCUGUAUGCCACUGUUGGGAAGGAGGCCUGCUGGUCUUAACACUUUGUCUUUUGUUUUGUACCUAGUACUGUUGAUAAUAGAUAUGUAUCUAUUACAUAGCCAUAUAACAACUGUAUUAGAACUAAAAAACAGGGUUAGCUCCAGACUUGCUCAUUCUCCAGUAACUAUUCAGAAGGCGUGGUGACAGGAUAACAACUUUGACCACUCGCGUCCUGACAAUCAACAACAAGUGAACACAGGAAGUGGGCAUAUCCCCAGUCCUCUCCCUUCCUCAAGUCGAGUCGACUGGUUGCAGACAGCAACGCAGGCCUCUGAGGUCUGGAGAGAGCUGAGGUCAGGCAGAGCCUACCUGUUCCCUCCAGCCUCUCUUCCACAGGUCCUCAGGACAGCCUGACUGGAUAUCCUCCCCUGGGAGUUGAAGAUUGGACCUUGACUGUUCUCUGCUGGCUGAGUGCCGCUGACCCUCCACCGACCUAAAGACCGUGGUGCCGUGACGGGCUUAGAAGGGAUCAGGGCCCACUCCAGUCAGGCACAUGUUGAUGUCUUUAUGUUUACCUGUAGAAGGCUAAGACGAAGCAUCCAAGGGUCUAAUCAUUUCAACUGUCCAUCUGGUUGGGGUUCGUUUGGGAGAGGUGAAGGACAUGCAUAUCACUCGAUUAAAAGGGUGAGAAAAGGGGUGUUGGAGGAAUGAAUAGUGAUGAUUUGAGAAGAGUUGAUUAAUGAUGUCGCCCUUUUAAAUGUCAUUAUCAGAUAUAACAUCCGCCAGACAUCAGUCACAACAAGUGACUUUCAAGGAUUCAUCAAUCAAUACAAUUCCUCCAACAACAACAAACAGUUGUCCCCCCCCCAAAAAAAAACAGAAUCAACCCCCCCCCCACCCCAAAAAAAAAUACACUUAAAAACCACAAUCACAUUAAAGCCAUCCAAGUUCUUCAUCUGGCAAGCCGUUAAUCACAUACCUAAAACAUGCCAAAAAUGAAGAGGGGCUUCUCAAGCUGGCCUGACCCUAACCCAGAUGAGCCUCACUGGGCUGAGCGUGUAAGGUAGCUCAUGGCAACAUUCAGGGUGGGCAGCCAGCGUGAGCGUCCCCAGAGUGGCAGGGCAGUGCUGUGUGACUGCUCGCUCUCACUGGCCCCUCCAUGCACCAGUCAGCUCCCCGGCUGUGGGCGAGGCCCUGGGACUGCUGGGAUAUGAUGAUACGCGCUAUUGGAGGGGAGCAGUCGUAGGUUCUAGCACCAGCCAGCACGCCCCACUUAAAGCUCUGGUGAUCCCCCCUCCACCCCCCCUGUCCUCAUUUGUCCUCCUUUCAAAUGAUCAACAGACGAGAACAUCUGCUGUAUAUAGUGGUUGUUCUAUGAUGGACGUAGACAAAAAG